AUGCCUGCUCGUCGCUCUCAGACCCACAAACAACCACACAACAACGCUCACCGUCAGACUUCCCCCGCUGCCUCUGGGCAGGUUGACACCGUUCCCUCACAGGUUGAGGCUACCGCGGAAGUGUCUUCUCAGGGUCGCCCUCAGCGUGCUGCCAAAGUUCAGGCGAUGAUCCGAAAAGUCUGGACAAAGACCGCACCUAAGAAUCCAUGCAAGUCGUCGAAGACUACCACGACGAGCGCUCCUUCUGAAACUGCUCCAUCGACACCGUCCAGCAAGAUACCCGCGGCUCGGAAGGGUCCACGGCCUCGACCACGACGCACCGCAGUGGAGGGUGCUGAAAGUGGCGCAUUGAAGGAUAUAUCAGUCUCGGGUGCCAAAAUUCUGGCAGAGCGCGGUCGAAGCUCACGCGGACUCGAUGAGUCAUCCGACGGCUCCGAGGUUCCUCAGCCUCUUGCCAAGCGUCACGCGGCAGAUCCUGGUGACAAUGAAAGCGAAGGAGAUGUCAUCGGAGAGGACGAGUGGAGAGCCGAGCAUCCUGUGUCUGCAAACACGAAAUCCGCGAUGACCCAUCAGUUCCAGGAAUCACAAAGGCGGUCGCAGAAAUCUGCCACUCACCACGAUGUCUUCUCCGCUAACGACAUCGAGGAGUCCGACGCGACGGGCGGUUCCGAGUUUGAGCCCGAUGCUGACAACACUGACACCACAGACGAGGAAGCCGAGUACGACAACGAGGUGGAGGAUGAGGAUGGAGAUGAGGACGAGGCUGCCGAGAGCGGUGGUGAAGAGGUAGCUGAAUACUGGGACCUGGCCGACGAGUUCGAUGCUGAGAAGUAUGUGGCGCAGCGCGAGGGACGCAAGAGGUUUCAGGCAGCGGCCAAGCGCGCUUGCCUCAUGGCAGAGCACCCCGUUUGGCAUGACGAUGUCCUUUCUACCGACCUCAACAUGGCCAUCACGGCUGCCACCAACUCUGACGAUGACGAAGAUCCCGCGCCCCUUCCCACUCGCACUGCUCGUCCCCACGAUGCGUCGGGUACUCAUGCCGGACUCCCCAACAACCUCCCCAACAACCUUCCUCCGUCUGCGUACUCCAUAACUCCCUCUGCCACCGCGGGUGGUGUGCUCUCCCUCAAUGCUCAGCACACGCACUGCCGUCAAGUUGUUCGCCGUGCAUUCUUGGUGAUCGAGGCGAGCCUCAUGUCCAAGCACGCCUUUCCCGACGCUAUCGGACGGUCCCAGUUCGUGUCGACAGCCAUCCUCGAGUGCGCAGAUGAGCUGGAGAUGGUCGGUAUGGGUCAGUGGCUCAGGGCAAACGAAGCAGCACUGCGUUCGUUGUCGUCACUGCCGAACCAACGGGUCAGUGCGAUUCGAGGCCGCGCAAAGUACGCCACAGAUGGAUACGCUCCUCCAUACUACAAGAUCGUUGCCGGCAGCUGCCAAGACCUUGUGGCAUGGUAUUUCGCCCAUCUCACGUAUAUUUACCCUGUCGAUCCCAUGCAGCAGACUGUGCCGUGGAACCGCCCUUAUCAGCACCCUUGCAUUGCCGCCGUUCUCCGCGCAGUCUUCUUCUCCGGCGCAUCUUCGUUCACAUUGUCCCCCGAAAGUCUGAGCACUGAUCAUAGUGUGAUCUUCCAGAUACAUGCGUCGCUGUCUGAAUGGCGUCAGGGAACUCACAAGACUUCGCCGUUCACUGCGGACGCCUACCUCGACGUUUAUAAUGAGCAUGUGUUGCUCUUGAACGGCAUCAAGGACAACAAUGUGCGCGCUUUCCACACCACUAUGCACCGGCUUUUCGUCUCUGCAAGCGGCAUCAACCCAGUCACCGUCGUCACCGCCGCCACCGCCGAUGCUAUCUCUCACGUCGACUUUGCUGGCAUGGAGGUCGACUAG